GUAUCCUGCAUUGGGGAUUUGAUUUAAAGAGACUCUUACCCAUUUUGCAGCAGUGUGUUCCUUCCUUGAUUGUUAAUUCCAUAGGUCCCUCCUUUUCAAGUUACAAUCUGAUGAUAGAGAAAACUAAUGAAGAAUGGCAACAAAAAUGCAGAGUAAAAGUUACCUUCCAGGAUAUUGUUCCACACAGGCUGUCGAGAACACAAGUAGCUGGUUUGGCUACUAUCAAGAUGAAAAACCAAGUUCACAUCUCUGCAGUAAUUAUGUACAAAGUCUGGUGAAUAGUUGCUCAGAAAAUGAUAAAGAAAUGCUAAAGCAUACGAUGCUUGAACAUGACAUGAUAUUCCAUAACCAGGUGUAUGAACUUCAUCGUCUCUAUAAAACACAGAAGGACCUUAUGACCAAGUUUCAAACUAGAGGACUCUAUGGAUCAUCUAUUGUUGCAGAAGCAUCACUUUCAAACUCUUUUACAUCUCAAAUGCAAUCUGAGUGCCUUGAAAAGAGAUCACAGACAUCCCAUCAUGUAGGAAACAACAGCUAUGGAAAGACAGUUCUUGCUUGUAAUGAUAGAUUCCACUUUUGUUUCACUAGGGAAGAUAGUGUUCAAUCUCAUCCCAAUCCAUUACUGAAUGGAGAUUCUGAAAAGGACAGCAAGGAACUAGGCCCUGAGAAGCAGAAAAAGUUUGACCUUCACCUUCCAGCUCAUGUAUAUAUAGACAUUGAAGAUACUGAUGAAUCAGAUCAGAAAAUAUUUUCUGUGCUUCCAUACACUCCUAGUAUUCCCAAGAAUGCAACUUACUCUUUCUCCAAUGAGAAUGAUGCAAAACUAACUAUAGGGAGUAUUCAUAAAGAGGAUCAGCGCGUAUCGAACUUGCUUACGCAGAUCAACAUAUCAACCUGCAGCAUGAUUGAUUUAAAUAAGCCUGCAAAAGGUGUAAAUUCAGAAGGACCUUCAAACUCACGAUCUCUUCACUUGCUUGGCUUGAAGACACACAGUGAAUCAAAUGAAAUGCACCAUUCAUCUGUGAGAUCAAGUACUAGUAUCAGUGACAGGCAUUGUGUUCAACAGAUUUCAUCAGAUUACUUGUAUACAGAUGUACUUCCAAAAAGAGAAUGGCCUUUGUGUAGACUUGAAUGCGGUAAAAGUAGCAAUUCUGUGGAUUUUCUUGCUCGAACCUCUGCUAACAGUAACACCCCAACAGUGAUGCAUGGGAAUUUGCAGUUGAACACUAACACACAUAGAAAUAAUCAAACUCUUCCAUUUUCUCAUUGCCCAGAGAAAUGGUCCGGACAAAAGCUAUCAGCCAGAGUCACUCACUUCAAUAGCUCGGUGCCUGCUUCUGUCACAACUCCGCAGGCUGGUUUAAUCAGUCCUGCACCUACAUUUGUUUCAUCUUGGGCAAAACCUUCAACAAGCACGAAUGACAAGUCAUCUGUAGUUCAAGCUCUUCCUUCUUUUCGUCCAUCAUCAAAUCCUAGUAAUGAGAGUUUGUCUAUCGCCAAUCAAUUUCCUAUCACUUGUGAAAAGAGUGGGAGUUCUAGGAACUCAAUCACAGGCCUCAAACAUGGUAUUUGGGUCUCUCGCACAAAUUUUUUUUGCCAUGGUACUCAUCAUUGUUCUGAUGCCACACAUCUAAAGCACAACUAUGUUAAACAAGACCAGAAUGAUCAUCAUAAUCAAACUCUUCAUAGCAAUCUACCAAAGGAUGAUCAGAAUGGUUACCUGAGAAGGGACUUGGAAACCUCAAUGAAUAUAAACCUAAAUCAAGCAUAUCAGAAUGUCACUGAAGACAAUCAUUCUGUCAGAGUGGAUACCUGUGAUCAUCUUGCCGAGAGCAAAUACGGUAAAUUGUCAUUGCCAUCAUGGCUCAACGAUAGAACAUAUUUUGGCGAGUCCAAUGACUUUAAGCAGCUUGCUACCAAGGUAGAUUAUAGCUUCUUGAAUAGACGUGUGCAACUCAGUUCAAGGACACAUGCUGUUACUCCAGAAGUCGAGAGGGAAGAGGAGAGAUUAAUUUCUCCGGGUAAGGAAGAACAUCUAAACAACAGUACAAAGAUCUUGAAAAAUGAUGACAACAUGAUUCUUACAGACUUGGACUUUGUGACGGAGAAAAAGACUCACAUCGGUGAUUUGUAUAGUGCAAUAUGUGAUGGAAAGAACAUAGAAAGGGUUAGGAAUCACAUUAAUUUGAAUGUUGAGUUUCCAUGUGUAGCUCAUCCUAGGCUAUCAGAGGAACUCCAUGAUUGUGAGGUAGUGACUUCGCCGCACUCUUCACCAACCUUCUCUGCAAAAACUAAUGUCAUCAAUUUGGAAACACCGAUAUCUCAAUCUGAAAUGGGCAGCUUAAAUCAGCAUAACCAUAUUCCAUCAUGCAAGAAAGAUGCUUCAGAAGAACUGGUCCAUUCUGGCAAUACACUUCAAUUGGCUGCCCAGAACUUAAUUGAUCUCUCCAGGGAUUGGCGUUAUUGCUCGGACAGGAUCACUCCUAACAUGUUAGUAAAAGCUGCAUAUGACACCUUGUCAUGGCUUGCAGAGGUUGUUGCAUCCCGCAGUGCAGAAAAUCCAAAUCUGAUAUCCGAUGGCGUAGAUUGCAGCACUCAAUCUUCAGGCGAUGAUGAUAUUGAUAUAUUUGAGGCCAUGACUCUAAAUCUGAAAGAGAUUGAGAUGGAUCAAUCUCAGCCCAAGGAAAUCAACAACAAAGAUGACAAAGAAGACACGGAAGAUACUGGAGCAGCCUCCAUGCUUUUCACAAAGCCUCGGCGCGGCCAGGCAAGAAAGAGAAGGCAGAGAAGGGACUUCCAGAACGAUAUCCUCCCCAGCCUCACAUCAUUGUCAAGGCACGAAGUGACAGAGGAUCUUCAAAACAUCAGUGAGAUGAUGAAAGCAUCAGGUAGGCCUUGGCAGACAAGCUCAACAAGAAGAAACAAAUGCAGAAAUGAAAUGAAGCCUCAAACAAGUAGGCAACCCAGAGAUUUAACCAUCACCAUUGGGGAGGUUCAGGCCAGUGAAAGCAGUAUGAUUGGAUUGGGGAGGACAACAAGCCGACUUCGUCGACAAAGUUGCCCACCUGGUGCUCUCCCUGCUUCAACAUGAAAAGAGCACCAUGCUUGCAUUCAAUUAUACAAGUUAUCACAUUGAUCGAUAUCGUUUAUACGGGAUACUGUCACACUGCAUUAUAAAUUUUGCAUUUCUAGCUCAAGGAGAAGAGUGAGAAUGAAGCUUAGGCAUCAGAAUUGAUUCAGUAGAUAUUGUGAAGUCUCAAGUCAAUCUGUUUGUAGACACUGCUAAGAAUUUGUCAAGCUAAGCUCUCACUAUGAACUGUUGAUAUAUGAACAGGACGUAUCGGGUAUAUGAC